AUGUCCCUGGCGAGAGUGCUAAGGGCAGCCUUUUCACGCGCUCUCCUGCAGCAUCGUCCCCUGUCCACCACCCCUCGUGCAGCGGGCCUAGAGGACUUUUUUGACACACCUGUAAAGGAAGGAGAGAAGGUCACAGCUGGAAGAGCCUGGGAGGCAGCAGACCUGCGCUUGAAGUCAUGGGACGACCUGCACAAGCUGUGGUAUGUGCUCCUGAAGGAGCGCAACAUGCUCAAGUCUGAGAAGGACAACUACAAAGCGAAGGGCCUUGUGAUGCCGAACGGGCGCAGACAGACCAAGGUUCGCAAGUCCAUGUGCCGGAUCAAGUAUGUGAUGUACGAGCGGGCGAGAGCAGAGACAGACCCAGUGAAAUCCGAGCAGCUCAAGCGAUUCGUCAACAACCUUUAG